AUGGGGGAAGAAUUGGCAGCAGGGGCAGGCAGCGUGGUGGGGGCCAGCGGGGAGGACCCCGGGCCGCUGGUGGAGGACGUCAGGGUGUGGGCGGCCACGGGCGUGGAGGUGGUGGUGGGUGCCGGGGACGGGGCCGUGUGGGUGGGCGUGGCGGCUGUGGUGAGGGAAGGCGGAGACGUGAUGCGGGUGGUGAUGGCGGCGGGAGAGCCGGGGGAGAGGUCAGUGGCCGGGGUGCCGGAGGUGGGGCGCGGCGGAGCGGAGCUGGAGCCGGCCGCCACCGCCGAGGUGGCACUCGGGGCCUGGGUGGCCCGGGUACCGGCGGUCGGGGCGGGAGAGGAGCCCCCGGAGGAGGUCCCCGCGGGGCUGGUGGAGAGGGAGGGCGCGGGGGUGCUGCGGGUACUGGUGAACAUGGAUGUCACGCCGGGCCCCGUGGCCGCGGUGGGGACGGUGCCGGAGGUGACGGCCGGGGCGCUGUGUGGUGUGCCGGGGGCGGCCGUGGUGACCCUGAGUGUGGUGGCGUCCCGGGUGGCCUGGGACGCGGGGGGCGUGGGCAGGGUGGCCGUGGUCGCGGAGGCGGGGGCCGAGGUGGCGGGGCCAGGGCUGGUGUCGGAGGUGGCCCCGGUGGGCGGGGCGGAGCUGGCCGGCGCGGGGAGGGAGGUGGUGUGGGUGGCAGGGGUGCCGCUCGGGGAGCUGGACCCAGGGCUGGUGCUGGAGGUCCAGGCGGGGGCGGGCAGCGUGGUGGGGGCCGGCGGGGAGGACCCCGGGCCGCUGGUGGAGGACGUCAGGGUGUGGGCGGCCACGGGCGUGGAGGUGGUGGUGGGUGCCGGGGACGGGGCCGUGUGGGUGGGCGUGGCGGCUGUGGUGAGGGAAGGCGGAGACGCGAUGCGGGUGGUGAUGGCGGCGGGAGAGCCGGGGGAGAGGUCAGUGGCCGGGGUGCCGGAGGUGGGGCGCGGCGGAGCGGAGCUGGAGCCGGCCGCCACCGCCGAGGUGGCACUCGGGGCCUGGGUGGCCCGGGUACCGGCGGUCGGGGGCGGGAGAGGAGCCCCCGGAGGAGGUCCCCGCGGGGCUGGUUGGAGAGGGAGGGGCGCGGGGGUGCUGCGGGUACUGGUGAACAUGGAUGUCACGCCGGGCCCCGUGGCCGCGGUGGGGACGGUGCCGGAGGUGACGGCCGGGGCGCUGUGUGGUGUGCCGGGGGCGGCCGUGGUGACCCUGAGUGUGGUGGCGUCCCGGGUGGCCUGGGACGCGGGGGGCGUGGGCAGGGUGGCCGUGGUCGCGGAGGCGGGGGCCGAGGUGGCGGGGCCAGGGCUGGUGUCGGAGGUGGCCCCGGGGGUGCCGCUCGGGGAGCUGGACCCAGGGCUGGUGCUGGAGGUCCAGGCGGGGGCGGGCAGCGUGGUGGGGGCCGGCGGGGAGGACCCCGGGCCGCUGGUGGAGGACGUCAGGGUGUGGGCGGCCACGGGCGUGGAGGUGGUGGUGGGUGCCGGGGACGGGGCCGUGUGGGUGGGCGUGGCGGCUGUGGUGAGGGAAGGCGGAGACGUGAUGCGGGUGGUGAUGGCGGCGGGAGAGCCGGGGGAGAGGUCAGUGGCCGGGGUGCCGGAGGUGGGGGCGCGGCGGAGCGGAGCUGGAGCCGGCCGCCACCGCCGAGGUGGCACUCGGGGCCUGGGUGGCCCGGGGCUGGUGCUGGAGGUCCAGGCGGGGGCGGGCAGCGUGGUGGGGGCCGGCGGGGAGGACCCCGGGCCGCUGGUGGAGGACGUCAGGGUGUGGGCGGCCACGGGCGUGGAGGUGGUGGUGGGUGCCGGGGACGGGGCCGUGUGGGUGGGCGUGGCGGCUGUGGUGAGGGAAGGCGGAGACGUGAUGCGGGUGGUGAUGGCGGCGGGAGAGCCGGGGGAGAGGUAG